AUGCCCAAGAUUGUAGUGUACUCAUCUGAGAAGAUGGAGGAGCUUAUAAAUUUCGUGGAAGAAGACCGACAAAGAACAGAUGAACACCGGAGGUACAAGACAAAGCUUGAAGGGAGCAUGGGUGGGCUCCCUAUGAGGUGGCACCCUCUGAUGGUGCCAAGAAGAGAGGUAGUAAGAAGAACAAGCUUGGUGGAAGUCAAGGAGGGGAUGGAUAACAUCAUCAUGGUGAUAGAGGAGCAUGUUGUGCCAAUGCUGAUGGAUGCAGUAGUCACGGUUGCUGUUGAGGCAAAUGAAGCGAACCGGACCUCAGUUGUUGAGGGCAUGUUCAGUCAAGCUGAGGAGCAAAAGGAAAAGCUACAGUUCUGCUUUGACAACAAGUUUCACCGUGGUGCUGUUAGCAUGUCACCAAAAUUCCCAGUAAUAACAUCUACGAUGCAUCCCAUACUAUCUGUUUUUGUUUUUUUGUAACUGCUAAAUGUGAGUAAGUAACAAAAAAAAGUC